AUCUAUCAUUGUUGCUAAUGGAUCAGAUAUAAAAGUCUUCAGCAUUCAAAGUGGAGAAUGUAUUCAAACUCUGAGGUAUCACAAAAGGCCUGUUGUCAGUCUUCAAGAGUGUAAAAAGAAUGUUCUGCAGAUUCUUAGUUGUUGUGAAGGAGGAACUGUCGUUCGAUGGGAUUACUCUGAAGGAAAGCUACUUCAAGUAUAUGAUGGACCUAUAUCUACAGUGGCUACUUUCUAUGCUCCCGAUGAUACUUGUCGUUGGUUUAUGACAAAAAAAUUUGAAGAUCAUUUUAGGCUGUAUUCAUGUUAUCCUAAGACAGUGGAAAAGGCAUCAGUUCAAAUGGUUCUAAAGCCAGUUCUUCCUAUUCAAAAUACUGUAGCUUUUGGAUUUAAGGUACGUGUGAAUACUACUUCAGUUUGUAUCAGAACUGGCUUUCUGCUUCAAAAACUGGUUAUAACCAAUUGAAAUUAACCAAAAAUG